AUGAGGUAUUUUAAAUGUGGAGCUCAGGGACAUCAAAGGAAACAGUGUCCGAGAAACAGGGAUCGGGCUGAAGCAGAGCAGGAUAAGGAUAACAAGAGGAGAUUGGGGGUGAUCGGGGAGAGCAGGGGGACGAGCAGCCCCCGGAGCCAGCAGAGCCCGAGUCAGCAGAGCCAGCAGAGCCAGCAGAGCCUGAGGCAGCAGAGCCAGCAGAGCCAUCAGCAGAGCCCGAGUCAGCAGAACCAGCAGAGCCCGAGUCAGCGGAGCCAGCAGAGCCCGAGUCAGCAGAACCAGCAGAGCCAGCAGAGCCCAAGUCAGCAGAACCAGCAGAGCCAGCAGAGCCAGCAGAGCCCGAGUCAGCAGAACCAGCAGAGCCAGCAGACCCUGAGUCAGCAGAGCCCGAGUCAGCAGAGCUCGAGUCAGCGGAGCCAGCAGAGCCCGAGUCAGCAGAACCAGCAGAGCCAGCAGAGCCAGCAGAGCCCGAGUCAGCGGAGCCAGCAGAGCCCGAGUCAGCGGAGCCAGCAGAGUCAGCAGAGCUCGAGUCAGCGGAGCCAGCAGAGCCCGAGUCAGCAGAGCCCGAGUCAGCGGAGCCAGCAGAGUCAGCAGAGCCCGAGUCAGCGGAGCCAGCAGAGCCCGAGUCAGCAGAGCCCGAGUCAGCGGAGCCAGCAGAGCCCGAGUCAGCGGAGCCAGCAGAGCCCGAGGCAGCGGAGCCAGCAAAAAGAAAAAGAAAGCAGGGGACCUGCAGUGGAGGAUACUGCACUGCGCCGUGUCUACGGGACGGUUCCUCCACAGAGUGGACCCCAGCAUCAGUGCGGAGUGCUGUUUCUGGAGGAGACAGUGUUCCACAUGUUCAGUGACUGUGUCAGGCUGGGGUCGCUCUUUCACUUCCUACAGGGGCUCCUGCAAGCUCUUGGGGUGACUUUCAACAAGGAUAUUUUUAUUUUUGGGUUCCCCUAUAGUUUCAAAACAAGGAAUAGUGUUUUAAUGAAUUUUAUUUUAGGGCAGGCAAAAUUGGCUAUUUUAAAAUCCAGGAAAAAUAAGAUUUUAGAGGCAGGGCUAACAGAUGUUGUCAGAUUAUUUUGUAUUUUAGUAGUUAGCUGGGUAAUGGUAGAUUUUAAUUAUUUUAAAAUGGUCAGUAACCUGGAGGGCUUUCAGGAGAGGUGGUGUCUGGGAGACACCUUGUGCUCAGUGAGUGAGGAGGGAGAGCGCCUGUUUAUCUUCUAGUUUUAAUUUCAAUUUAUAUUUGGUUUUAUUGUUUUACAGUGUUUUUAUUACUUUGGUAUUAAUCUGUUUUUACAGGAAAAACACUGUUUAUAUGUGUUUUUAAUAUAGUUUUUUUGUUUGUUUUUUGUGUUUUAUUUACAUUUUAUGAUCUUUUUAUUUGGUUAAAAUCUAUUUUCAAAGGAGAACGUGAUGUUUUUUAGGAAUUUAUGUUGUUACACUGGGGAGGUUUCAGCUGAUUCCCGGAGCCAGCAAGUACCUUAAUUGUUUUACCUUAUUAUUGUU